ACAUGCGCAGAAAAUGUGACAAACAAUUUCCAUGCGACCAAAGUUACUAAUGUUCGUACUACUUGUAUUGUAGUAGGGUUAUAUUGUAUUCGUGGUGUGUUUCUAAUUUCUGUUACUAUAACUAUUAUUAAUAUUAGUAAAACAAAGUUUGUUAGUGUUGCUCUAAGUUUAAAUGAAGUUGUUUUGAAUCAUAUCAAGAGAGAUAAAUUGAAAUUAUACUAUAUUUAAAGGCCUACAAAGUGUUGGAUAAACAAUAAAAGAGAUACCAUAGCAUGAGUGAAAAAAAAGUGGAACUUGGAAGUGAAAUUAAUUAUCUCUUAAUAUGAUCUGAGAGCAUGAGUGAAAAAACAGUUAUGGCUGAAACAUGGAACUUCUCACCAUGGAAACCUCCUCCAAAGUUUCAGAAAACAGUACUAAACAAUGGAGUGGGACUGAACAUCCCUCAAGAAGGAGCUGUGUGUAGUGUAACACUAGAAUCUCAAGAUACUGUUCUUUUACCCCUGGUCAGAGGUGGCAGCCCAGAAACAGUUGAGUUAACUGUAGGUGAAGCUGAUACUGAGAUUGAGCAAAUUCUUGAUUCAUGUGUUCGAACCAUGAAAGCUGGAGAAGUAUGUGCUCUGCGGUUUUGUUUAGAUGAUGACAAGAUACAUAGGAGAACUGAAAUUCAUCAACAGUGUCCAGUUGAAAACACUGAAGAAAGUUGUAAUUUGGAUUUUCCCCAUGCUGUUAAUGUAAAGUUAGAGAAAUUUACAGAAGUUCCUGGGAUUUGGCAGCUCCAACCAGAAGAAAAGUUGCAGCGAGCAUCUCAUCACAAAGAUGUAGGAGUAAAGCUAUUCCAAAAACAAGAGACAAGAGCUGCAUUCAUAAGAUUUAGUAAAGCAAUGAAAUAUAUUGUAUCUCUAGAACAUGAUUAUUCACAACAAAAGCAGCAGUUUUCCAGUGAUACAAAUUUCAAAAAUUUAAAACUAUUAUGUCAUUUGAAUAUGGCUGCUUGUCAAUUAAAAUGUAAAAAAUUUGAUUUGGUAGUAAAAAAUUGCACAGAAGCAUUGAAAAUAGAUCCACAAUGUGUUAAAGCAUUGUAUCGGAGAGGUAGUGCUCUACUUGCAUUACAAGACUAUGACCAAGCCAAGAAAGACCUUGAAAAAGCUCAUGAACUUAAUCCAAUAGAUACUGCUAUUGUGAGACAGCUAAAAGAGUUAAAGAUAAAUGUUAAAAAAUAUGACAAUAAGCUUGCACAUGGAUUGAAAAAGUUGUUUUCUUGAUAAUACAAUCAUUAAAAACACCAUUCAAAUGUGUAUGAAAACUUUCCUAAGUUAAAGUAAGAAUAAAUUCUGCAAAAGUUUAGUUUUUAAAAAAAUUAUGCAUUGAUUUGUACCAGUAACUGUGCUCAGAAAGAAUUUUCCAUCUUAAACAGGAAGAUUUCUAGAAAAAGUAACUGUGUGUGUAUAGGAAUGAACAUUGCUCCAUAUAAUUAAGGGAUA